AUGCCCGACCAGCAGGCCACCGCAGGCGCUUCGAUGCACGAUGAGCAGGUCACCAACAAGCACCCUGAUCACCAGGAGGCUCCUACCACCGAUCGGCAAGCUUCUGACUACACUACCACCCAUCAGGCUACCCACGAUUCUACCUCUUCGCUCGACAGCCACGACGAAGACUUCCUGAAUGACCCAGUCAAGACCUACACCUUGAUGCUCGAGCACUUCUCCAUGGGAAACAUUGAGGAGGGUGAGAAGUUGGCUCAGGAGUUAGUGCUCUGGGGACCCUACCCCGAGAAGGUUCACGCUCGUCUGUUCCUCGCCCAAGUCGGCCAGGACGCCUUGUUGCACGCCCAUCUGGCCGCCAAUGGAGCCGCUGAGGCUAUUGCCAAGUCUGGAGAGACAGACGAUGAGAAGCUCAAGUUGCUGGAGCUUGCCGAUCGCACUGUGGCUCACAUCAAGGCCGAAGAGGGUCUCGGUGUCAUUGAAGAGGUUGACGAGGAAGAGGACCAAGUCGCGGGUGGCGCAGAGGCUAGCGAGGAGGUCAAGAAGGAUGAUGACCAGGAGGGCAUAAAGAUCGAACCCAAGGUCGAGAAGGGUGACAGCGGCAAGAUGAUCUAG